AUGGGACUGUUCCGAUUUGCCUCAGGAGUUCGAGCAGAUGGUGUGCAAAGGCUACAGCAGAUUAUUGAUCGUAUGGAUUCCAACGUCCACGCCGCUGCCGUGAAUGCGAAGAAGGCGGCGGAAUUAUGGAAGCAGCAAUCCGACAAACACCCUUGGGUUAAAACUUUAAAAAAGCAUAGAGCAAUGGUUGUCCACGAUUUAAUUGGCUUAUGCAUUGAUGUUUACAACGAUUCUUUGCUUGAAACGCCCACUGCUCGUACUUGGCCAGCUCGUUCAUUGGCAGCAAUGCGCGCUAAAUCAAUACAAUCCCAGCUGAAUGAUUCGAAUGACUGGGAAAUUCAGCUGGAUGAGUUUCAGCCCCGUGGUUCUGCACUUCAAUACAGGGAUGACGUCGUUUAUACUGAAAUGCUUCACGUUAUUGGAGAUACAGAGAAGAAGAAACUUCGUGACGAGUUUAAAUCGGCUCUUUGCAUAUCUCUUCAGAUUGAUGGAAGUGUAGAUCGUGGUAAUCAAGACAUGAAGUAUGUUGUUGCUAAGUAUGUUACCAAGGAUCAACCUACAGUACUCCGCAGUUGUUUCAUAUGA